AUGUCAAAAGAAAAAGAUAAUAUAUCCAAUACCAAAGGCCUUGAGGGUUCUGAUGAAACAAUGUGUGAUUUAAACAGAAUGGCCACUAUUAAUAUCAAGGGAUACCUAGACUCUUUUCUGGGAACAGUACGACAAAACGGGGAUACAGAUGUAGAACUCUUGAUCCUUUCAGUAGCAGGCAAAGUAGGGUAUUCAUUAACAGACAACUAUUUUCAAUAUUCCCUAGGGUCCAAAGAAAUUGACUUGAUGGUGACAGAAUCUGAGCAGGUGUAUAACGAAUUUCAACUUCUGAGAAACAGUGAAGCUUUUAGAAGAAAAGCUUUUAUAUUGCUUACCGCAUUAUCUGAAGAAAAUGAUUUAAUCACACUCUCCGAAGUACAAAAAAGGAACCAUUUUAUGGCUAUGGUGAAUAAGAUGGGUCCUUCUCUUUCUCAAGAGAUUUUGGAAUUACUUGAAAAACAUAGUGAGUACAAACAUUGUGAGGCUUUAAGGAAGGAUUUAAAAUGUUUGAUUUCUGGGGAUUAUAAAAACACAGAUAAACAAAACAUGGAAAGCAUUGUAAGGGGAAUUAAAAGUGUCUGUCAGCCAUUUACCCCACAAGGCCUCCAAGAAUUAAAUGUGCCCUCUUCCGGAAAGCAACAACCUGACACAGAAGUGGUUCAAGAUGUAAAAACUAGCCAAGAAUUUUCCAGUUUGUUAGAACGUCUUGGCCUAAAAGAUUAUUUUCCAAGAAAACUGAACAAGAAAGACCUUCACGUUUUUAGUAUUUCCUCAAUGAAACCUCCAGUAAAUGAAACUGAGCUGCCAAUGUGUUUUCUACAAAUGUUAAUGACCUUAGAUUAUCGAUGCAGGUACUUAGUUUGUGAGGAGGCAAAGGAAGUCAAUACCACUCUACCUGAAUUCAGUGCAACAGAACACAUUUCUGAAACAUUCUCUACCAUAGAAGCAUUUUUCAGUAACUGCUCUAUUGGUGAAGUAAGUGCGUCAUUAGUCAGCAAGGAGAAAAUACACCCAAUGGAUCUUCUCAUGGCUAUAUGUCAUUGUGCAGAUGACUUUAUGAGGCAAUAUAUCUUCAACAAGCUUUCAGUUUGUCAAUUUGCCCUUCCAUUCAUUUUUCCUUGUUUUGAUAUCUCUGGGUUAGAGAUGCCACUAUGGUCCUUCAGACAGAUUCAGAAAAGUAUACUAUACAUUGAUGAACAUGAAGCAAAGAAACAUAAAGAAAAGCCGGUUUGUGAAAUUGAAGUCCCUUUGGUUUCUUUCACACGGGUUGGGACAUCCAGUUUCUCGAAAUCACAGAUCUUAAACAACUUGUUAAACAAGCACAAUCAUGACAUUUUCUUCCAUAGGAAUUGUAAAGGAAGUGGAAGAAACAGCAUUUUAAAGGAAGGGUUAGUUGAAAUUGUUUGGUUUUGUCCUGGUGGGAAAGAUGAUGACCAAUUUGAAAGAUGUACUUCUUUUGUAAACUUGCAUGGAGAUGCAGGAUUACAGAACCAACAAGCCACCUUCCUUCAUGAAAUAGCAUCCAUUAAUGUGAUCCUUUACUCAGAUUCAGGAAACAAUGAUAUGGGCAAAAAAAUGUUUCAGGACAUGUUGAAAUCUGAAAAACCAUUGAUAUGCCUUUGCCCUGACAAAGAGCCUUCCCCAGUUGACCACAGCAAAACAAAAGUUGUAAUUGGGUUGAAAAAUCAAAAUGAAGCAACAUUUAUGGAUGUAUUAGAAACAACACUAAGGCGAAUGUUGUCUCUUAAUAUUAAGCCCAUCAAUCUAAAUUCCUGUGCUAAUGUUGCUAGAAAGUUUGGAUUUCAGGUUGAUGAGGACAAGGAAGAAUGUAAAAAAGGGAAAGAGCAUGCACAAAAACUGAAAUCUAGCUUUAUGGAAACAACGAAAGACUCAUUGUUGCCCCUUUCAAGAAAGUUGUGGCAUACAUGGUGCAAAAAGGACAAAGCCCUUACUCGUCUACAAAAAAAUACUGGUAACAUUGAACAACAUAAAAGUCAGAUUGAAAGAGAGAAGAAGAAUAUUAGGUAUGAACAGCUACAAAAGGCAACUGAAAAUGAUUUUAUGAAGUCAUUCAUCACCAGUCUGAGGUCCCUCUCACAAUCAGAAAAAUUGUUCUUUCUGCAGUGGCUUAAAAUAUUUAUAGAUGAAUUAUCAUAUGAUAGAAUUCUAGAGCUGCAGGAUCAGUACAAUCAGUUGUGGUCCCAGCUUCAAACACAGAACAAUGCGAGCUGUACAGUAAGGAACAAAUUGCUUGAGGACAUGGAAAUGUUGACCGAAAAGUUGAAUAACUGCAUGCUUGGUCUUGAACAUAUCUUAAGGGAAGUUGGACAGACCUACGAAGCGCUAUAUGAAAUGCAGCUCAAAGAUGAUUGUUUCUAUGAGCUGCCUAAAAUAGCUGCAGAUAUCAUGAUUUCUGGAUACCCUAUCGAGUUGAUGGAUGGUGAUGCUUCCUAUGUCCCUUUAAAUUGGAUUGGAGCUGUACUUACAGAAUUAAUUAAAAUAAUAGGUGAUAGGAGGGUAUUUGUCCUGUCUGUGUUGGGGAUCCAGAGCUCAGGCAAAUCCACUUUACUUAAUACUAUGUUUGGUCUGCAGUUUGCUGUAAGUGCUGGCAGAUGUACCCGAGGCGCAUUUAUGCAACUUAUUGAAGUAGAUGAGAAGCACAAGGCAGAUAUGGCAUUUGAUUACAUCCUUGUUAUUGAUACAGAGGGACUACGGUCUAUGGAAUUAGCAAACCAUUCAACGCUGAAUCAUGAUAACGAGCUAGCAACAUUUGUCAUUGGUGUGAGUAAUAUGACGCUGAUAAACGUAUAUGGAGAAAAUCCUUCAGAGAUUAAAGACAUCCUUCAGAUUGCAGUCCAGGCAUUUUUAAGGAUGAAAAAAGUAAAACUUACUGCAAGUUGUUUGUUUGUUCACCAGAAUGUAGGAGAAAUAACUGCACUUGAUAAAAACAAGGAAGGCCGCAUGAAACUCCAAAAGGAAUUAGAUAACAUGACAGUUCUUGCAGCAGAGCAGGAACACUGCAAUGCACGUUGUUUCAGUGAUGUUAUCCAGUUUAAUGCCAUGGCUCAUAUUUAUUAUUUUGCUCACUUGUGGGAAGGUAACCCUCCAAUGGCACCUCCCAAUCCAAGCUAUAGUAAAAAUGCCCAAGAAGUGAGGAACCUGAUCCUGCAGACUGGAAGAAAAGAAAGUCAGAGCCGUAUUCUGAAAAUCUCAGAACUUAAAGUUCGUAUUGAGGACCUUUGGUUAGCCUUAAGAAAUGAAAACUUUGUUUUCAGCUUUAAGAAUACCCUGGAAAUUUCUGCCUACAGGAAAGUAGAAAGUAACUACAGCCAAUGGACUUGGCAGCUGAGACGCCAUGUUCUGGAGCUUGAAACCAAGCUUAAUAACAGAAUUAAACAAGGCAAACUGACCUCUCUGGAAGACAAAGAUCUAAGGGAUCCAGUAAAAUGUAAGUUUGAUGCCAUAACUGAGGAUUUGGAGAGAUUUUUUACUUAUGAUAAAGACAUGGAAAUACUUAUUCCGUGGAAAUCAAGUGUCGAAAACAGAAUGAGGAAUCUUUUAACAGAGCUUCUACAAGAAACCAAACAACAUGUAGUUGAACAUUUAAAGUUAAAACAAGGGCAGAACCAAAUAAAAAACAAUAAGUAUUAUGAAGAUGAAUUGUUUCAAAAGAGCAAGCAGCUAGCACUUAGUUUAAAAAAGAUGGUUUUAGACAGUGAUGAACUGGAGCGUAAUUUUAAUACAUUAUGGCAGAAGUGGGUAGCAGAAAUAAACCUAACAAGUCCAGCUGUAGAGAGCCCAAAUAUUAAGGCUGAUAUGGUAAAUAUUUUGUAUGAAUAUUUUCAACAGGAGCCCAGUAUUUUGGAUAAACUUAAUGACAAUUCAAAGCAGAAUACAUUUUCCAUUGAUUUUCCCACUCAUGUCACAUUGAAGACCGGUUGGCGUGGGAUAACGAAUAAGAAACUGACUGAGAUUGAUAAAUCAAAUAUAAAUAACAUGCCAAUACAUCUAGUUAGCAAAAUAAAAGAGCUUGUACAAACAAUAAAAACACAAAAUCUGGAUUAUAAUCAAGUGCAUUUUCACGAAAUUAUACAUCAUGUAAUAGAUACCAUGGAAUCAACAUCAAAAGAUGCCAAGAAUUUCACUCUGACAAAGACACUUAAGGUGGAUUUGUCAAUAUUUCUCUGUCAUAUGGCUCUUCCAUAUUUUGAAGCAAUACAUAAGGACUUUCAGAAGUCCAGUAAUCCAGUGACAAUUCUUGAAGGCAAAAGAAAAGAGUUCUUUAAUUGUUUUAUAAUUUCAUACCAAGGAGCCACAUCCAUCAAAAUUUUUGCUGACUUCUUAUGCUGCAAACUCAUUGAGACCAUGCGUUCUGCUGUUUAUGAACGAGCAGCAUUGGCUAUUGUGGAUGAUAUGAAAUGCAACUAUCCAGAUUUUAGUGGCAGUCGUUCCAAAUUGGAAACCCACAUUUUAAAGGACUUAGCAGAGCAAGAAGACUUUGAAAAAUACCGGCAGUACCUUCACUUUCCUGACAAAUUUUUUGAAAGCUAUAUUGAAAAUUGUGUUUCUGAGUACUGCUUGAGCAAAGAUUCCCAAAGGCUGAAAGGUUUUCUCAAUAUUAGUUUGGGUUAUUUCCAGAAACUUGUUCUUUCAGCUAUUGCUGACUCAACACAACUCAUCAAAGACAAGCGUGGCAAAAUUUCAGAAUGGUUGGAUGAGUUCUACAAACGGAUCGAAGAUGAAGUUUCCUUUUCUCGAGAUGACCUGAAGAGCAUUGAGCAUCAGGAAAUUCAAGACAUUGAAUUCAUUCAGGAAGCCCUGUGCAAGGCAUGGGAUGCAGCAAUUGAAAGCUUUAAACAUGAAUUAAAAUACAAAAGCUUUGACGCUUUUGAGAAAAAACCACAUUCCAUACUGACCAAACAGCUAUGUGGCUGUUGGGAGCAGUGUCCAUUCUGCAAAGCAAUUUGUACCAAUACUAUUCCAGGUCAUGAUGGAGACCACUGUGUAGCCUUCCACCGUUCCCAGGCAUUAAGUGGCAUUCACUGGGAGCACUCUGUUGAAUUUGUCACUGAAAUAUGCUCUACGCUAGUAAUGUCAGAUGCACAUAUAAUAAUAAGUGACACAAAACAAAUUCCAUACAAGAAGUACAGGGAAGUGGGACCAAAUUAUGCUAAUUGGAGCAUCACACCAGACACUUCAUCUCAGCCCUAUUGGAAGUGGUUUGUACAUCAUUUUAGAAGCAACCUUGAAAAUGAUUAUGGUUUAAAGUUUGAAGGAAGGGGGGCAAUUCCUGUCCAGUGGGAAGAGAUAGAAAAGGAUGAGGUGAUGUCUAACCUGAAGGAAUACAUGUAA